AAUUUAGUAUUUAAAUAAUUAUUAAAAUAGAAAAAUUGUAAAUUAAUAUUUUGUAUCUAAGAAGCAAAAAAUAUUAAAAAUUAUUAAAAAAUAAAAAAGCUACAAUUUCAUCACCGUCGCGAUAAAUUAUCAUUUUUUCGACACAAUUCAACAUUUUAAGUACUUAAAAAAGUUUGUGCCUUAAUUAGUGCUAAUCUAAAACUACCCAAAGCAAGCCAAAUCAUCAUCAUGGAAAUCAAACUACUCAACUUAUCGCUGAUAUUUAUAAUUUUAUCACUAAGCCACACAUCACACACCUAUGCCUCUCUUCAUCCACAAAACAUCACCGACGACAACACACUUUCAUUACACGAGAGACUCGAAAUUCAAAAGAGCACAGUCCACUGGUAUCCAUAUCAGCGGAUAUUCUACUCAAUAGACAUUGAAGGAUUCAUAAUUGAGCAUGCAACAUGUCCCAAGCGACCUCCUGCGAUUGAAGAAUUUCCCGAUGGAUUUUGGACUCGUCAGCAGCGUCUGUACGGUCUCUUCCUUAUCCACAUCCUUGUUGCAAUCUAUUGUUUCAUUGUCAUAGCAUUUAUUUGCGAUAAAUAUUUCCUGCCGACAAUCGAACGCAUUUGUACAGUCCUCGACAUAUCUCAAGAUGUUGCAGCCACAACAUUUAUGGCAACAGCCACGACAAUCCCCGAAUUUUUCACAAACACAAUUGCUACUUUUAUUGCUGAGAGUGAUAUGGGCCUGAGUGCCAUCAUUGGCAGUAUGCUCUUCAACACUCUCGGAGUAGCUGCCUGUGCCUCACUGUUCAUCAAGAAACCAAUUCAAAUUGAUUGGUGGCCAGUCACACGUGACUCAACACUUUUAUGCAUUCAUUUAAGUCUUUUGAUCACAUUUGCAUGGGACGGUGCCAUUAUGUGGUACGAGUCAGUGAUUCUAGUCUGUGUGCUGGUCUUCUACUGGCUCUUGAUGUUCCAAAAUAAAAGAUUAGUCAAAGGAGUCAAGUAUGUUGUUGAGGAACGACUGCUUUGGUGCCAAAGAAUUAAAAACUACGACAUUGCAAAUCAAAGAGCAAAAACUGAAGCUGAAAUCAAUGGAAUUGAGGAAGUGGAAACUAAGCCAGGUGGAGUUGACAAUCCAGUAUUUAUGGUGUCCAAGGCAAGCAUUGACUAUUCAUCAACGCAAGGUAGACGAAGACAAUCUACAGAUUUGGCUGAAAUUUAUGGAGAAAUUUUAAAGCAAAAUCCAAGAAGAAGUCGAAGACUGUCAACAGACUUAGCAGAAAUAUAUGCAGAACCAGAGGAAGAAGAGUUCACGAUAUGGGAAAUCCCAAAAAAUGUGUCAUUAUUCGAGAAGUGCUGGUACUUUUUCACAUGGCCAGUUCGAUUCCUUUUACACUAUACAAUUCCAGAUCCAAUGAAGCACAAGAAGCUUUAUCCACUGUCAUUUAUAAUGUGUAUAGUUUGGAUUGCUGGAAUGAGUUGGAUUGUGUUCUGGAUGGUCGUGAUACUUGGUGAUACUUUCCGUAUUCCAGACCCCAUUAUGGGAAUGACAUUUUUAGCCUUUGGUGGAUGCAUGCCUGAAGCUAUAUCAGCUGUUAUUGUUGCUAGAAAAGGAUCCGGUCAAAUGGGAGUUAGUAAUGCUCUUGGUGCUAAUUGUCUUGCUGUUGUAUUCAGUCUUGGAUUCCCAUGGUUUAUAAGAACAAUGGUUGAUGGAGUUACCUUAGGCUGGGAGAAUUCCUACAUCCGAAUUUAUUCUUAUGGCGUUGAAUUUACAUUGAUUGCCAUUAUCUUUGCUGUAUGCUUACUUUAUGCUGUUAUUGCUGCUGCUGGAUAUAAACUGAGGAAAACUGUUGGCGCCAUUUUGUUUGUCCUUUAUUUGGGAUUUGCAGCUUUUGCCAUUUUAGUUGAACUUGAUGUUCUAUUUCCGAGAACUUGUUAAACUAGUUAAAAUGUAUUUUUUAAGGAUUAGUUUUUUAAAAUUGUGUAAAUAAAAAUCGAUAUUUAAAAUAAAUUAAAUUAAAUAUUUUGGUGUUAUUUUAGACAAGAUUUUUGCUUUGAUUCUAGUGCCUUGAGUACAAUCGAGAUCCCG